AUGUCGAGCGAGCAUCACUGCGCGGCCACGAGCACCGUGAACAAAAGAUGUGAAUGUGAGGACGAUCUGCGCGAUUGCGACCGUCUCUGGACAGACUUCGAGCAUUGUGCGCAACAAGUCUCACGUCUUUACCGUGAUCCUACGUGGAAAUCCCUUCAAACGGCUGCUGCAUCUACUACCCAGCUCUACAAGAGUUCCAUCGAUGUUCAUCGGCGUGGAUUUGAAAAAGGGUUUCGGGCUGGGCGCAUUAGUUUGGCAAAGGUACGUCCAUAUAGUGAUUUUUGUUUCUUCUUUCUUCUCUAG